AAAAGAUUGGUACCAAGCGGUCCGAACAAUGCAAUAUCUCCGGCCUCUCCAUCAUUUUCCAGAGCAUAUAUUAACACCAACAUGGAUUAGAAUAGGACGAUGGUCCGAAUCCGUUAAGUGUAAUUAAGGUAGUACUCAAGAUAUGAAACACAUGUUAGUGUGGGGAUAAAAGAUUGAAAGAAGCAUCAUUGAACCUUAUCCAUGCAUCUAUGUAUUAUCAUAAAUCAAAGAUAUAUCUUCCGACGUUCUCCUGAUUUUGAAAUCAAUGGUAUUAAAUGAUAUACGUUUGGAAAGACCAACGAGAUAAAAUUUCAUACACUACGACUACGUUACGAUAUAUUAUCAUCAUGCUAUUAUUAUGUGUGAAUGCAACGGAGAACAAAAAGAUACUACUAUUUUUUUUAUGUGUGUAAAUGUGAUUGUUGACAAAAGCAAAUGUGAUUACUGAUGACAUCUACAGCAGUUGACUACUAAAUUAAAUACUGUUAAAGUCAAAGAAGGACAACUAGUGGCAAUAUCGAAAAUUUCUCAAUUUCAAAGCCUAUAACUCACAAACUAUUCCAUAAAACCAAAGAACUCGAAAGCGUUACGUUUUAGAGUAAAAAGAUAAAAACUAACGCAUAAAUAUGUCAGAGGAGCUGCAACUACAAAAAUUGAAUCGUCUUUCUUAGUUAUUUAGGGUUCUUUAGAGAAGCAAGAAGGAGAAGGAGAAGAUGGGAUUACAGUUGGAGAGUUUGAUGGAGACGAUAAAGUCAAAGGUGAGUUUGCUAAGGAAGAAGAAGAAAACUUACAUCAAAAUGGACAAAAGCUCCAGCGUCAGAGUCGCCAUCCGUCGUAAGAAGACUAGAGAUCUCAUCGAUAAGACCUUAAAGGUCGCUGAUCGUCCUGGCAAACGAACUCUUUUCUAAUAAUACUUCUUCUUCUUCUUUUUUUUCUCUCAUAUUUUGCCAUCAUUUUUUGUUGUUCUUCGUUCAGUGAUUUGGUGUUUUUGAUUCAGGAGAUCAUGUUUGUGAUAAUAUGUAUAGUUUCUGGAAAUAAAUAAAAGAAAAACAUUAUAGAAACAUCAAACAUAUAUGAUUGAUCGAUGAAACAAGGAUCCUUCUUUUUUUUAUAUUAAAAUCCAGUAUAAUUGACUUUUACUGAUAGGAUCUUG